AAGGGGCGUAGCAUUUUCAUGAAUUUUUUCAGUGAGCAAGAAAACUUCCUCAAAAGCCUGCCGGUCAUAGAGGAACAAUUCACAAUAAAGCAUACUCAGUCAUAGAGUAAACUUCCAUUGGACAGCUGACAUGAUGUCUGGAGGAGAGGUGGUCUACACAGUGCUGGAGGUGCUGAUCGCCAUUGCCUGCUGCCUGGGAAAUGUGCUGGUUAUCUGGGCAGUGUGGUCAAGCAGUGCUCUGCGGCAGCCCAUCUUCUGCUUUAUGGUUUCUCUGGCUGUGGCUGACUUCCUCGUAGGGUCUGUGGCCAUGCCGCUGGCUGUACUGGUGGAUGGACGGGUGCAGACCUCGUUCAAUGUCUGUCUCUUCAUUAGCUGUGUGGUCAUCAUGUUGACAGUGGCCUCAGUCUUGUCACUGCUAGCCAUUGCUGUGGACCGAUACCUACGCGUCUUCAUCCCUCUCAGCUACAAGAAGACAGUAACAGAGAGAAGAUCUUGGGUGGUAGUAGCAACAUGUUGGUUUGUUGCUUUUAUAUUGAGCUUCCCUCCCAUGUUUGGAUGGUACAAUCGAGAAACGUUGUCUCACUCAGAGAACUCGACCGCAAUCCUCUGCCAUUUCCUGGCUGUGAUCCCCAUGUCAUACAUUGUUUACUUCAAUUUCUUCCUCUGCAUCCUCACCCCGUUAAUUGUCAUGGCUGUCCUGUACAUCUACAUCUUCUGUACCAUCUGGAGGAACCUGAGGGAGAAAGCAGGGCACGGAGCCCAGUCCCACACCUACUUCAGGAAUGAGAGGAGCCUGGCCCAAUCCCUGGCUCUGGUCCUGGUGCUGUUCGCCUUCUGCUGGCUCCCCUUGCACAUUAUGAACUGUGCUGCCUACUUUGGCAGCCCGUCAGACAUACCCCACACCGCCUUCUAUGUGGGCAUCCUCCUUUCCCAUGCCAAUUCAGCGGUCAACCCAGUCGUCUAUGCCUUCAAGAUCCGCAGGAUCCAGGGAGCGUACCUGAGGAUCUGGAGGAGGUUCUUUGUGUGUCGUGAUGACAACCAGGGCUCUCAGAGCAAUCGUUCCACUGAGCACAAUAUCAGCAGCAACCCUAACAAUGUGAGCAAGGGAUAGUCAACGAUGCGCUAAACGCUAAUCCCGCAGAUUUAUUCUCUGAUACUUUGAAAAAGACAAUCCCAGGGAUGCAGAUCAGAUAAAGUGGUCUACAUCAUUAAUAUCAUAACGAGCAUGAUCUUAUCAUCAAAACCAUACACCCAUUAUAUUUGGAUUCUCUACUAAAAACCUUAGCUGGCAAAAAAUGGUUAUUUUUACGUUUUCACUUCUGUUUUCAUUGAUUUGAUCAAACAUUAUACAGACGACCACAUGUUGGAUUUGUCUCGUCUCCGUGCUUUGAAUGGCACAAGCUGUCUGCGAUGGAUGGUAGUUAUUACAAUCCAUGCUGGAUUUUCGUUGUUUUAAAUCAGACCUCCUGAAAAGGUAGAACUACAAGAAAGGGAUCAAUAAAUGUGCGUGAGUUUGUCUGAUUUGGAAACAGAUAAUACCAAACAAACGGGCUGCUCCAUCUUAUGUCGAUAGGUAGCCUAUAUUCUUUGCCAGUGUGAGACAGAGAGGGGACGUCACGAUAGUGAAAUUUGUGUGUGCAGUGCCACGGAAAUUCAGCAGGUUGUUGAUUUGUUGAUACAUUUAAACAGUAUAUGACAAGUCAUCAUGUACUAUCAUCACCCUCUGUUUGUAACAGACCGGUAGAAAAUGAAUGGCAGCGGACGGGGUUAAAUUAAGCUAGCAAUGGUAACUUCUAUGCAUUUCCCUAACCCUUACCUUAACAUCACAAAAUUAUGCUUCACCUUAAUGGCGAAACCGACAUUUCCGUUUGCGAUAUUACUCGAAUAAACAACAUGAGCUGGCGCACACCCAGAGAAAAUGAUUUCAUGUAGAGUUGUUGAAUAAACUAUAAACUAAAGCUGUGAAUAAACUAAGCUAUAAAAACAAAGAGAGUCGCACACUCUAUAUAAACUCCCGGUAAUUUAUUGGGUAAAUCAUCCAACGUUACGGAAUCACUACCCUGAAGAAGGCACAGUGGAUGCCGAAACGUUUG